AUGGCGACCACCAUGGAGGCAACAGCCGGCAUGAGCAAUAUGCUGCAGUUCAUGAAACUUAUCGGGCAGCUCAAAAGGGUCCCACGGACUGGAUGGGUGUACAGGAACGUAAAGAAACCAGAGAGUGUAUCAGACCACAUGUACCGCAUGGCCAUGAUGUCUCUGACCAUCACAGACCCCACAGUGGACAAGAACCGAUGCAUAAAGCUGGCUCUGGUUCAUGACAUGGCAGAGUGCAUUGUGGGAGAUAUCGCUCCACCGGACAACAUCAGUAAAGCUGAGAAACACAGGCGCGAAGAGGAGGCGAUGAGACAUCUGGCAUCUCUUCUGCCGCAGGGACUCCAACAAGAGAUUUAUGGGAUGUGGGAGGAAUAUGAAACUCAGAGCAGUCCGGAGGCCCGGCUGGUGAAACAGUUUGACCUCCUGGAGAUGAUCCUGCAAGCUCACGAGUACGAGGAGCUGGAGGGAACGCCGGGAAGACUGCAGGAGUUCUUUGACUCCACCAACGGCCGGUUCCACCACCCAGAGGUGCUGCAGCUCCUCAGCUCUCUGAAUGAAGAGAGAGGACGUCAGGCGACUGAAGCGGAUGAAGCGAAGAAAUCGGGGAACUCGGACGCGUCUCCACAGCCACGCACGGCGCCGCACUCCUCUUGACCACGCCGACACCUCCGUAGUGAGGAGGCUGUGACGUGACCCCGUGUGUACGGGGAUGCACACACACGUUUCGGGACGGGUGGAGCACUGUUCCGCAUGUCAUCUUUAGGCAUUUUCUACGGAGCAACCGAGGACGGCGAUGGAUAUCCUCCAUGCGCGUGCAGCCGUUUCGGCUCUUUUCUUUCAUCCAUAUUCUCGUGGAAACUACCGCAUCAGGAUAUAAUAAACACAAUCUGACGAUGACUCCCACUGAGAAAACUAUCGGAUUAGAUACAAAUGCAACAACCCGUCAAAAUGUCAUGUAAUUAUCUUAAAAAUGGGUUGAUCAUGUAUAAAUUCCCAGAUGUAAUGAAGAGGGAAACUCCAAUAUUUCUUGACAUCAACAGGUUUUAUUGUUUUAUGUUUCCAGUUCAUUGACAAAUACAUGUUUUAUUACAUCUUGACAUGUUAUAUAUGUAUCAGAUAUUACAUGACAGUUAUUUUCAAAAGAAAUUGAAAAAUGAUCCUAAAACAUCAUUUCCGAUAUGUUAGUAACAGCAGACUCAAUAAUUCAGUGUUCCUGACGAUUGAGUGGUCUCAUCUUAUUUGUUAAUUUGUCAGUAUAUUGUUAUUCCAUUUAUUAUUGUUUUUAAAUUUUUUAAACAGGUUCAGUCAAA